AUGCCAAAUAACUCUCCUGUAUGUACCGAUAUAUUUGACUAUCCCUGGAAGUUCGGGAGAUAUGAAGUUACUGUUGAUCAAAACAUAGGUAGCAGAAAAACCCAAGAAGAUAGGUUUUGUAUUUCCCAUCAACUUGUUGAAGGGUUAGAUGAUGUAUGUUUUUUUGGAAUAUUUGAUGGGACUGUGGGCGACUUCGCUUCAGAUAAUAUAAAAGAUAUAAUUAUCCCAGCUCUUCUAAAUGUACCCACAUGGAAAAUCAUUUCUGAAAAAGCUAAGCAGAAUAGCUUGACGCUUGAUGAGAACACAAAAACUAUCUUAAAAGACUUGAUGAUUAAGACAUUUAAAUCUGCAGACGAAAUUUUAAUUGAUCGUUGUAGGAUAAAGGAAAAACAUUACUCCUCAUGUACAGGAGUUGUGCUACUGUUUAUUCGUAAUAUUUUGGUUAUAGCACAUGUAGGUGACUCUCGUUCUGUGGCUUGUAUUAGCUCAGAUAAAGGUUAUGUCGGUCAGUUUUUGACACAUGACCAUAAACCAGACCAGCCCAAGGAGCAUAGAAGAAUUGUUGAAAGUGGCGGAUCAGUAGAAUAUCUACAAAAUCACAAUAAUAAACCAUUUCUUCGUGGUGGAGAUUUUACAAGAAGAAGGGCAAAAGGAGAUACUCCCAUGCAACUUCAGUACUCUCGUGCCUUUGGUGGGAAAGAUCUCAAACCAUAUGGAUUGAGCUGCCUACCGGAUGUAACUCUCUUAAAUAUAACUAAAAAUAAUAAAAUGUUUGUGAUUGCAACUGAUGGACUCUGGGAUAUCCUAUCUGCACAACAAUGUUGCGAUCUGUCCAUCUACUCUCAAGAGUUCGGUAUAUCUCCAGCAAAGUACCUUGUCAAUGCUGUUGUUGACGAAGCAAAAAGUAGAAACAUUAAUUGCGAUAAUGUCACUGUAAUAUGUAUCGUUGUUAAACAAUAA